AUGGAUUCCAAAGAAGAUGGAGUCUGGGAGAGAAGCAUAUCUGGUUUGUAAAUAGAAUGUCUCUAAAGAUAACUUCAAUUGCAGUUACCCAAAAAUCACUUGAACACAAUGCAAGCUUCGUUCACGAUGCAAUUCAGAAGAUCAGGCCGUACUUCGGACCAAUCACAAUAGUUAUCUUUCUUCUAAUUUAUCAUGGAUUCCUCAGUUCGUUCAAUUACAUGUUAUCAAAAUCACGUAAGUGUUUUCAGCAGCAGCUGGAAUCCACAACUAUCAAAAAGCGGCGCCGCUCAUCUAUGUGACUCUUUUCUUCUGGUUCUGCUUCAUCAUCAACUGUCUCGUGGGGACUGAACUGUUCCGAAAAGUUUAUGUCGAUGUUGCAGUGAGAUUGGAAGAGUUUGCAAAGAGAAGGAAAUACGUUCCUAUGUAAAACUUUGAUAGAAGUUCUAUUUUUACAGCAUCUCAUUUCAGCGGCCUAAAGUUGGCCUUCGCUGGAGCUCUCCUAGCUUACACUAUAAUCGAGGCUCUUUCGCAGCCUUCCAGACUCACAGGUUUCGGCGGUUAUGCAUUCUUUAUACUUUUCAUGGUUGUUUUCUCAAGGAGACCUCGAAAAGUUAGUUUACAGAUACAGAGACUGUUAUAGGGGCAUCUCACAGAAAUGGCGCGCUGUUCGCAAUCUGGCCGAAUUUUUCGAGGUCACUCAGUUUGGACUGCAAAAAGAGUUUCUCAACAGAGCGCCAUUUCUGUGAGGUGCCCCUAUAUAAUAUGCUCCAAUGUUUAGCAUUUAGAUAAACUGGAAUAUCGUCUCAAGUGCUCUGAUCCUCCAUUAUUGCAUUGCUAUCAUCAUUCUACAGUGGUCGACAGGCCGAUGGUUUUUCGAAAAGCUAUCCCAGUUGAUAGUUGGCCUUUUGGAAUACGCGCAAGUCGGUGCCAAGUUCGUAUUCGGAUUCAUCGCGGAUCCGCCGAAUAUUUGUGAUCUCUCUUCUGUAUUCAUAUUCACUUCCCUUCAAACUCUAAUCUAUUUCUCUGCUGUCGUCUCUCUCUUAUUCUAUUUCGGAAUCAUUCAAGUGGCCCUCAAAAAGAGCACGUGGUUCAUGAAGGUGCUCAUCGGAACGACGCCCGUGGAAUCCGUCUACUCAUGGGCGUGCACCUUUCUGGGAAUGUCGGAAGCGCCUCUUGUCAUCCGGCCGUAUCUCGAGAGAAUGACCGACUCGGAGCUGUUUGCCGUGCUCACCAGCGGCUUCUCCUGCACAGGAGGCACUGUGUUCGCCGCCUACGUGGCUCUCGGAGCAUGUCCCGAAUCCAUUUUGACGGCCAGUCUUCUUUCGGCUCCAAUGUCUUUGGCAUGUGCCAAAAUCAUGUUUCCAGAGGUGGAAGAAACGAGAAUCAGUGAUGAGGAUUUCAAUUUGGAUCACGAAUUGGAAGCGAAAAAAGGAUUUUUUGACACGGUCUGUUCGGCGGGAGUCGCCCUCGUUCCAACAGUCUUCGCAAUCGGAGCGACGCUCGUGGUUGUCAUGAGUCUUCUGGCCCUUCUAGAUGAAGUUUUCUUCUACAUCGGAGACUUGCUCGGAUACGACGGAUGGAGCUUCCAGAUGUUGUUCGGAUACGCAUUCUUCCCAUUGGCCUACAUGAUGGGAGUGACCGACAAUUCUGAUCAGACUCUUUUGUGAGUCCACGAAUCAGUUGUCUAUCUUUUGAUUAUUCUUUGAAUUGCUUCAGAGUUGCUCAAUUAAUGGGCUCCAAGACUGCCGUCAACGAGUUCGUUGCUUACGAUAAACUUGGUCAACUACAGAAGAACAACAAACUCGAUCCGAAGUCUGUGCUCAUUGCCACGUAUGCUCUUUGUGGUUUCUCAAAUUUCGGAUCAAUGGGAAUCCAAAUCGAAAUCAUUGGCGGGAUGGCUCCAAGCAGGAAGGCAGCUCUCGCCGAUAUGAUGCUCAGGGCUCUUUGUGCCGGAGCCAUCGCAUGUUUUAUGAAUGCCACGGUUGCAGGUGAGAAUAUAAUGUUCCAGGGAUUACAUCAUAUUUCAGGGAUUCUGAUAUCAAAUCCCGUUAUCUGCAACGAUGGAAGCGCGAUUCGACGUGUUUCCGAAUCCCUUCAUAGCUGUAUUUAUGUACAUUCAAUUCAAACAGUUCAUUGCAUUUAUCAAAAAAAGUUUCGGUGA